AUGCUGCACAAUGCGUCAUUCUCCAGGAACUGCUGCGCCCCAGACAGGGGAGAGGCGGCGCCCAGGGCGGCCGGGCUGGUGGCGGCGCUGUCCGGGGUGCUGAUCUUCACCACCGUGGUGGAUGUACUGGGGAGCCUGCUGGUCAUCGUGUCCGUGCUGAAGAACAGGAAGCUGAGGAACUCAGGUAAUGCGUUUGUAGUAAGCCUGGCCUUUGCAGACCUGGUGGUGGCCUUGUAUCCCUACCCGUUAGUCCUGGUGGCUAUAUUUAAAAACGGUUGGGUUCUUGGAGAGAUUCAUUGCAAAGUGAGUGGAUUUGUCAUGGGCCUCAGCGUCAUUGGAUCCAUCUUCAACAUCACAGGGAUUGCCAUCAACCGGUAUUGCUACAUCUGCCACAGCUUUGUCUAUGACAAGCUCUUCAGACCUUGGAAUACAAUGCUUUAUGUAUGUCUUAUCUGGGUCCUCACCAUUCUGGCCACAGUUCCGAACUUUUUUCUUGGGUCUCUGGAAUAUGACCCUCGGAUCUAUUCCUGUACUUUUACUCAGACUGUAAGCUCCUCAUACACCAUCACGGUUGUGGUCAUCCAUUUCAUUGUUCCAAUCACUGUGGUGACGUUUUGCUAUCUCCGAAUAUGGAUUUUGGUCAUUCAAGUAAGAAGGAAGGUCAAAUCCGAGAUGAAGCCUAGGAUGAAGCAAAGUGACUUCAGGAACUUUCUUACUAUGUUUGUAGUCUUUGUCAUUUUUGCUUUUUGUUGGGCUCCUCUGAACUUCAUCGGUUUAGCCGUGGCCAUCAACCCUACGAAAGUAGCACCCAAAAUUCCUGAGUGGUUGUUUGUCUUAAGUUACUUCAUGGCUUACUUUAAUAGUUGCCUUAAUGCUGUGAUUUAUGGACUUCUAAACCAAAACUUUCGGAAAGAAUACAAAAGGAUUUUAAUGUCACUGUGGAUGCCAAGGUUAUUCUUUCAGGAACUCUCUAGAGCAGCGACAGAGUGCCCUAAAAGCAAACCUUCUCCUGCCCUGAAUAACAAUAAUCAGAUGAGAACUGAUACUGUCUGA